UGGCAAAAAGGGAACGAAGAGGAAUCGAACCCCCAACCUCGUGCAUAGAGUUAGAAAGACUAAUAAACCAUUGAAACAGGUCAGCCUCCCUCCCUCUCGCCUCCCUGUCUCUCUCUCAUAUCGGCGUCGCCGGAGCCACCGAAUCCAUCGCUGCUAGGGUCAUCCACCACCACCACAAACCCAGCCACCAGACUAAAAGCCCGAGUCCAUCAGGAUUCCAUAGUUUCGGAACACAAGGACCACCACUAUAAAUAAAUUUGCCCACCACUCUCUCUAAUUUAAAGAGUUACUAUUUACUUCUCUCCACGAAAGAAGCGCUGCGCUGCGAUGACGACAGAGACAUCAGAGGACGCCGUACGCCGUCGCACUGCGGUUUUCGACUACCGCAAAAAGUUACUCCAGCACAAGGAGCUCGACUCCCGAGUUCGCGCAGUGAGGGAGAACUUGCGGACUGCAAGGAAAGAAUUUGGGAAAACUGAAGAUGAUUUGAAGUCCCUUCAAAGCGUUGGACAGAUUAUUGGUGAAGUUCUUCGGCCUCUCGAUAAUGAACGCUUGAUUGUGAAGGCCAGUAGUGGCCCUAGAUAUGUUGUUGGGUGUCGCAGUAAGGUUGACAAGGAAAAACUAGUGACUGGCACGCGUGUUGUUUUGGAUAUGACAACUUUGACAAUCAUGCGGGCUCUUCCCAGAGAAGUUGAUCCCAUUGUAUAUAAUAUGCUUCAUGAAGAUCCUGGUAAUGUUAGUUACUCGGCUGUGGGAGGACUAUCAGAUCAGAUCCGAGAACUUAGGGAAUCCAUAGAACUGCCUCUAAUGAAUCCUGAACUUUUUCUUAGAGUGGGGAUCAAACCUCCCAAGGGUGUUCUUCUGUAUGGUCCUCCGGGAACAGGGAAGACAUUACUAGCCAGAGCAAUUGCUAGCAACAUAGAUGCUAACUUUUUAAAGGUUGUAUCAAGUGCCAUUAUUGAUAAGUAUAUCGGUGAAAGUGCAAGAUUGAUAAGGGAAAUGUUUGGUUAUGCCCGUGAUCACCAGCCUUGUAUCAUUUUUAUGGAUGAGAUUGAUGCUAUUGGUGGACGGCGUUUUAGUGAAGGGACUAGUGCAGACCGAGAAAUUCAGCGAACUCUCAUGGAGUUGCUUAACCAGUUAGAUGGAUUUGAUCAGCUUGGAAAGGUGAAAAUGAUCAUGGCAACUAAUAGGCCUGAUGUCCUGGAUCCUGCACUUCUGCGUCCUGGGCGACUAGACCGCAAGAUAGAGAUCCCAUUGCCUAAUGAGCAAUCAAGAAUGGAAAUUCUCAAAAUCCAUGCCGCCGGGAUUGCCAAACAUGGGGAAAUUGAUUAUGAGGCAGUUGUGAAGCUUGCUGAGGGUUUUAAUGGAGCUGAUCUCCGUAAUGUCUGCACUGAAGCUGGGAUGUGUGCAAUCCGUGCAGAGAGGGAUUAUGUCAUCCAUGAAGAUUUCAUGAAGGCUGUACGGAAACUGAAUGAAGCAAAGAAACUUGAAUCUAGUUCCCACUACAACGCAGAUUUUGGGAAGGAAUGAAACCAAAUUUGAAUUUUGAACCUACAUGAAGAGUUACGUAAAAGUUAAAAACUCCGAUCAUGUUCGGGCUGUUGUGCUGUAUUUUCUUUACGAGAUGUGGCUGGUGCCCGGUGGUACUGCAACAUAGCUUCUAAGAAUGUGUUUGCCACCAGACUCGCAUUUUGAAUUGCAUUUUGACUCACAUUUUCUUUACAUGAAGAAUGUAAGUCAAUGUUCAAUUCGGGGUUCAAAGAUUAAUUAUUUUCACUA